AGAACACUGACCCGGAGGGGGAGCCCCGCGCGUGCGCAAUCUUGUAUUCGGAGAGCGGACUGCUUGACGGACGGAUGCCGGGAGGGCCGGAGCCGCGGGGCCGCCCGAAACGGGGACCAGGCGCCGAGGGAGCGGCUGGAGAUGAAGAGGCAGUGACUGGGGGCUCCUCUCGUAGGAGGAAGGCAGAGUGUCCCCGCAGAAGGCGGUGCCGCCGGGAAUUGCCUGAGGAGGAGGAGCAGCAGCAGCAGCAGCAAAUCCAGGAAGGCAGAGACAGUUACAUGGAGGAAAACAUGGUGUCUGAAAAAGCUCUAAAGCGAGAAGCAGAAGAAGAAGUAGUUGUACAGGAGAUAGAGCCAACAAUUUUGGUUCCGGAUCCACCACUGGAAGAAGAAAGCCGCUCAAUAGUAAGGGGAGGGGUUCUUCGUAGUUCUCGUACACGGCAGACACCAACACUGCAACUUAUUUGCAAGACAGAACCAGAGCCACAUCAUCUGGUGUAUGAAAUCAAUGAAGGGCCUUCUUUCACUGCUACAAUUAGUGAGGAAGAAGAUGUAAUGAUAAGUGAGGAAGAAGUUCCAUAUAAAGAUGAUCCCAGAGAUGAAACUUACAGACCUCAAAUUGAAAGUGAGGAUGAUGAAGACGAGUUGAUAAGUGAGGAAGAAGUACCAUAUAAAGAUGACCCUCGAGAUAAAACCUACAGACCCCAACUCGACAGAGAGCCUCCACGAUCAAGACGACGAACUUCCCGUGCUAAAGAGGAGGGACUCCCUGUGGAGGUUAAGAUGGAAGUAAAGGAAGAAGGUCAGGUACAGGAAGAGGAGACACCAAGGAAGAGGGGUCGCAGACGUAAGGAUGAUAAAAGCCCAAGACUCCCAAAAAGAAGGAAGAAGCCUCCUAUACAAUAUGUGCGCUGUGAGAUGGAGGGUUGUGGUACUGUUCUCGCUCACCCGAGAUAUUUGCAGCAUCAUAUUAAAUAUCAGCACCUUUUAAAGAAGAAAUAUGUAUGUCCACAUCCAUCAUGUGGGAGACUCUUCCGUCUACAGAAACAGCUCCUGCGCCAUGCAAAACACCAUACAGAUCAGCGGGAUUAUAUCUGUGAAUACUGUGCUCGGGCAUUUAAAAGCUCCCAUAACUUGGCUGUUCACCGCAUGAUCCAUACAGGAGAAAAGCCCUUACAAUGUGAGUUCUGUGGUUUUACCUGCAGACAGAAGGCCUCAUUAAAUUGGCACAUGAAGAAACAUGACGCUGAUUCUUUCUACCAGUUCUCCUGCAGCAUCUGUGGAAAGAAGUUUGAAAAGAAAGACAGCGUUGUGGCCCACAAGGCAAAAAGCCACCCUGAGGUUCUUAUAGCUGAGGCCCUGGCAGCUAAUGCUGGUGCCCUUAUUACCUCCCCUGAACUGCUGGUGCCUGAGACCCCAGCCUCAGCAGUGCCUGUGGUCACAGAGGAAACUACAUCUCCCCAAACCUUGUAUCCCAAUUCGAGUUCUAAGGUUUUAGUGGCUUGUCCCAUCCAACCAGUGGAAGGACUGGGUGCUACCACUGAGGUUCUUAUUGAGGAUUCGGACUCUGCUGGACCUUAAAGAGGGAGGACAAUCUCUUCUGCACAGUACCAUGACUGUUUCCUCUCCUUCACCCCAGCGGGCUGGCUUUUUCAACCCUUUAAUACAGGGCUCUUUGCUUUCUUUCUGACCAUUUCUGUAUUCAGAUUCUGCCUCAAGUUUUCUCAUCACCUUUCCCUUUCUUCGCUACACUUUUUUUGCUAUUUGAUUGUUCAUUCUUGUCUAAUCAUCUUUCCUGUUUCUGCUUUGUCCCACUCAUCUGCUCUAUUUUUGUUCUCUUUUUAACUGUUUUGUAUGUUUCUACCCUUCCCUCUUUUCUGUUCUCCAGCUCUUCUUCCAUUUCUCAUGGGUGCUGUGCUCUGCACUCUUUGUAUAUAAUAUGUUUAAUGAAUAAAAUGGAGCUGUUAUGUCUCACAAGUGAGCCUUCUCCCAGAGAAAAAGCUGCUAGCACUAUGUGGAGCACUACCUGAGGUUACUGUAUUUGGCAGUUUACUUUUUGUCCUCCUUGCUGGUCCUUGUUCGUUUUUUUUUUUUUUUUAAAAGAAACAUUCAGGUAAUGGUUUGAGAACAAUUUUGCUUUUCAAAAUACAUCACCUCUAAAAUACCCUAUAUUAGCCACUGGCAACUUUAUAUAGAAUCAUCUUCUGAAAAUACCAAAGCUAAAUAACUAUUUUGAGAUUACCUGUUCUGCACAAAUGUCUGUACUAAAGGUACUGCUGCUCAUCCUGUAGUAUUAUACACUGUGCUUAUAGCAGAUGUCUGUAGUGCUAUAUCUUUAAACAAACCUUUUAUAAAUAUUACACAGGUAUUGCACAUACAGUUUGCACCAAAUAUGAAUGUAUAUUUUGGUGAAGAUGCUUAAAUGUUAAUAUCAGAUUGCAGAAUUCCUUCAUACAAUCUAUCCUAUAAAAUGCUCUUGUGUUAAUCACAAUUCCAAUACUAUAGCAAUCUGUAUUGAAUUUUAUAGGUUUGCUUCUAAGGGCAAUGACAUGGAGAUAUUUGUAGCAGGUACAAAAUUGACAAUACUGAUAACUGUCCCUAUGUGUGGUUUAAAGCAGAGAAGAUUCUCAGUCUAAGGUGGGGUAUUUUCUGACAUUCUGUAGCUGUGACAAAUAGCUGGCUACAAGUAAGUAAAGGUAUGGGACCUGUUAUCCAGAAUGCUCGGGACCUGGGGUUUUCUAGAUAAGGGAUAUUUUUGUAAUAUUGAUCUCCAUAACUUAAGUCUGCUAAAAAUCAUUUAAAUACUAAAAAACCCAGUAGGCUUGAUUUUCCUCCAAUAAGGUUUAAUUAUACCUUAGUUGGGAUCAGGUACAAUGUUCUGGUUUAUUAUUACAGAGAAAAAAAAAAUAAAAAUAUUGGAAUUA